AGUGCUGCAACUCCUAAAGGACAAACACACCCUAGGGAACAUGUAGCAUAUAAAGAAGAUGAGACAAGCGGAAAAUUGCUACAUCAAAUAGUAAAAUUACUUUUAACUCAAAAAAAAUUCUGAGCGAUCACGAAAAAAUUCUAAAUGACAUUACUGGGAGUUUAGAAAAGAUUUACACUGAACUGAAGAAUUCAACAAAGCGGGGCCCAGAGUUUGAAAAUAUUAAAAGAAUAUUUGAUCAAGUACCUGCAACUACUAUGGAGGCAUUUCACUUAAUUGAAAAUGAACUAGAAGAAAAACCGGAUUUCAUAAUUUUAACAGAAGAUCUUAGCCGAUUAGGAGGUAGCAGUUAUAAAGAAUGUGUGCGCCGAUUUAUGAAAAAGCUCAUAAAUGAUUCAGUUGCAAAACUGUACAGUUUACAUGGGCACAAAGAAAAACAAUGUUUUUCAAAAACUUCCUCCUUUGGACUAAUUAUAGCUGCUGUACAACAGUGUGUUCCUUCAGCAACAGCUAAAGACAUUGAAUUAACAAUAAGGCAAUGGCUGACUAAAGCCCCAGAACGACUAAUGAAGAUUGAACCAAUGGGUGAUGAUAAUAAUAAUUGAAGUGUAUCUGGUAUUUUUCUGCUUCGUCAGUAGUUAAUUUAGUUGUUUUUUUUUUCUUCAGUUGUCAAUACAUGACGUUUUAGCUUUGUAUUUUUUAAAGUUUUGAUUUGUUUAUUUCUAUAAUAUAUUAAUAUUAUUUUUUA